CCGUAAUUUUCCGUACUGUCAAAGAAGGGGGACUGGGAAUGGUCAACACACACCUCUUUUACCGUUCCCUUUUCCUGUGCCCCAUGUAUAAAGUCCUGACAGGCCCAAACAGCCCAGAAAGCUCUCUACUUCGGUAUUGGAUGUCCUUCCCUCUCCGAACCUUAUUGCCACUCUACAAGGACAACACCGUCCCCGUAGCAGUCAUGAAGAGGCCCUAUUACCUUCAGGAACCCCUGCAUCAAAUCAAGCAACUCUUUGCAUCUUCAAUCCUGGUGCAGGGGAAUCCAAUGGUUCAUCGGAAAACUUACAACCAUUGGGUCCUGGAGGUGACGACAAUGGGAAAGCUGGAGAUCCUGAGGCCUAAUCUGGAUUGGCCACGAAUCUGGAAGGCGACUGCAGCCCUUCCUAGUAACAUCAGAGAGACCAUGUUCCUGUUCAACCAGCGACUUCUCCCUACCAGGACCAGAUGCCAUCGGUUGGAUCCCAACGAGGACGCAAAAUGCCCAAUCUGCCAUCAAGACCCCGAAACCGAUGAGCAUCUGAUGUUCCAGUGUCCUGAACGCCUCACCGUUUGGAGCUGGUUGGAAGGAAUCAUGCGUCAAAAGGGCUGCAAGUCAUCAAAAGAAGAUCUGAUUCGUGGUCAUUUUGGGCCAAUAGGGAAUCUCCGGCAAGCGUUUACUCUUCUGGCUGCCUACAUCUUCAUCAACUGGAAGGCAAGGAACCAUCAACGUACCCCAAAUCAAGAAGAAGUAGAGAGCUUAUGGAAAACACUUUACCCCCAUAGUUAAAUCCACCAUUCUUUUUUAUCCCUUCCCAUAUUUUACUUUCAUUUUGUUCAUUUAGUUUGUUUGUGUUUUAUUUAAUACCUAAAUAUGUAAAAUCUUUGUUUAUUUUUGUUUAUUGUAAUAUCCCACCCCAAUGUCAUCUGCUAUUGUUUACUUUUGUUUAUUUUUAAUUAGCACAACCUAUGAUCCCUUGCAUUUGCUUGUUUUUGUUUCUGUUUUGCUCUAAGGCCCCCAUUGCCAAAUUUUCUUUUCUCUGCCCUAAUAACGUCUGCAUCCG